GCGGCGUGGGGUGCCCCCCGAGGCUGAGUUAGGGAAACCGAGGCAGGGGUUCGGUCCCCGCCGGUCUCGGCACCCCGCAGAGCCCCCGCUCCGGGGUACGGGGUGGGGGAGCGGGGUUAGGGCAGGCUUAAAGCGGGCGGGAGGCGCGGUGGAACCGCUCCGUCUUAGGCUGUUUGUGCCGCUUUAAGGCGCUCCCGCCGCUCCGGGCUCAGCCAAGCAGCGGGAAGAGGAACUGGGCUUUGCACUGCCGGGUCGGGGCGAGAGCACUGCCGAGCUCCGGGCGGCCCCGGGGCCCCUCCGCCGCCGCCGCCGCCGCCUGCUCCCCGCUUGCUGCAAGGGAGGGAUGGGGCGGGAAGGAGGAGGAGGGGGCGCUGGGAGCGAGGACGGGCCUUCGCAUCCCCCCCGCACCCCCGCUGCAGCCCCUCUGCUCCCCGUUGCAUCCCCCUUGCAUCUCCCCCCCCGCGCCUUGCUUCUGCUGCAAGGGAACGUGCUUGCCAGGGCUGCCUGCUUGCAGGGUGCGUGCUUGAAAUAAAGCCCCCCCCGUCCCCUGCCCGGAGAUCCCCCUCAUCCCAUCCCCUGCCCUGAGCCCCCCGCCUUCUCCACCAUGAUUUUGCUGAGCAGCUUCUUGCACCUGCGGCCUCGGCGCUGCGGCCCCUUUGCAGGGCUGGGCAGGGGGGCCGGCCCUGCAGCGGGGUCCCGCAGGGCUCUGCGGGUCCUGGUGGACAUGGACGGGGUGCUGGCCGACUUCGAGGGAGGCUUCCUCAAGAAAUUCAGGGCCAGGUACCCCGACAAGCCCUACAUUGCCCUGGAGGACCGGAGGGGCUUCUGGGUGUCGGAGCAAUACGGGCGCCUGGGACCUGAGCUGAGUGAGAAAGCCGCCAGUAUCUGGGAGUCCAAGAACUUCUUCAUCGAGCUGGACCCGCUCCCUGGGGCUGUGGAAGCUGUGAAGCAAAUGGCAAAUUUGGCAGACACCGAUGUGUUCAUCUGCACAAGCCCGAUCAAGAACUACCGCUACUGCCCUUACGAGAAGUACGCCUGGGUGGAGAAGCACUUCGGCCCCGAGUUUCUCGAGCAGAUCGUUUUGACGCGAGAUAAGACGGUGGUUUCUGCUGACCUGCUUAUAGACGACAGACCUGAUAUAACAGGGGCUGAGCUGAACCCCAGCUGGGAGCACGUGCUCUUUACAGCCUGCCACAACAAGCACCUGCAGCUGAAGCCCCCCAGCCGCAGGCUGCAGUCCUGGACUGACGACUGGAAGGCCAUUCUGGACAGCAAACGCCUGCCGCCCAGCCGGGCCACCUAAACCCUGGCCUCCUUGCAGCCACCCGGGGCUGUGGCCACCCGCUUGUGUCCCUGCGGAGUCCUGCUGAAGGCUGAAACCACAGAUGGACAGACAGACACAUGCUGUCCCUGCUGCGGAGAGGAAGAGGAGUGGGACCUGAAGUGCCAUGCGGACCCAGGGCCUGGACCCCAGCCCAUCUGUGCCACUAGGGGCUGGCAGCAGGACUGGCCUUGUGGGCCUGGGAGCCCGGUUGGGGGACACUUCCCGCCAGCUUUGGGGGCCUCUCUGCUGUGUCUGCGCCCCCCGUGAGGCCAGCCUGGUGCUUCUGGCAGACGAGGUCACCCUCAGCGUGUCACUGCCCUUGUCCGGUGCACUGCACGGCGCACACCAGCUCCCCAUCCUCCUCUCUGUGUUGCAGUCGGGGAUCACACAGGUGGUUCGUUGCACCCUCGCAGGGCUUCAUACCAGGGGGCUGCCUCGGGGGACAUUUCCCUCCCGGCCAGCACCUGGUCCAGGGAGAGGAGCGGCUGGAAGGGCAGAGGGAGCUGGCGGACGCUGCUCAGGCUCCAUGCACCGGCUCAGCUGUGCUGUUCCUUGCAGCUGAUACAGCAGGAUGACUACGUGAUUCCCUGCAGGAAGAGGACCUGCAGCAGGACACAGGGACAGUACCACUGCUCCCCUGGAUCUGGCCAUGGGGAGGGAGCCCUGAGGCACUGUCAUACCUGAGACGUAGCUGUCCUCCAGCUGAUGGGAGGGAUCCCUGAUACUCUCAUCCCUGAGGAGCUGCCACAGCUUCAGAGCUGGGGCUUUAGAGCUGAUGUGGGAUGAAGAGAGGGGCUCUUCUCUCACCUGCUCAUUGCUCGUGGGCUGCUCACCCAGGGCAUCGCUGGGGCAGCAGGCGGGCAGCAGGCAGGCAGCAGCGGUGCCAGCACCAGCCCUUCCUGGGAGCCAGGCAGCUCUGCAGGAGCUCAUGGCUCACCCUGCCAGCCAGUGAUCAGACAGUAGCUCCUUGGAUUUCAAAGCCGGGGAGGUCCACACAUGGAGGCUGCGUGAUCUAAGUGCCCCAUCUCCCUCCUCCUGGUAGUGCCUGGCAUCAGCCUGCCAGGAAAGCUUUGGGUGUGCAUCCACUGGGUACCCUGCUUACACGCAGAAGGUCCUGGGUGCUGCAUCCCACGUGGGUCAGGUGCUAGGACAGUCGAUGCCACAGAGCAUCCUGAAAUCUGCAGUGUGGAGCCACCUGGGAAGGAGCCGCUGGGUGGGAAAGGGGUGCUGGUGGAGGAGCUACGGCAUUACUGAGAAGUGGGUAAAGCAGAGGCACCAUGGGUUUUCAAAGGGUAGGGUGAGGGUUGUGUUGAUGGAGGAUCGGAGGAUUGUCAUGGCCACAUCCAUGGAUGGUGCUUUCAGUCCUCACAUACCACAAGGGAAGAAGUUGGGGGGAUGAUGUUGUCAAAGGCUGGGGAGCUCUUCAGAGGUGCCCGCGAGGCUCUAUCAUGAGGUUAGUUUGUUCUGCAGCUGCCUGCGGCUCUGCUGCUGUCCUGGCUCUGGAUGUCUGGGGACAGAGUGUGCUGACAGCCCUGCUCACCUUGUGCUGGGACCCCUGCGGCGAGGGCCAGUGCAAAGGGCCUGCAGCAUAUGCGGCUGUCCGUGCCAGCCACCGCUGCCAGAUGACUGUGCCGGCACUGCUGAGCUCUGCAAGUGGCCAGUGCUGCUGGGCAGCUGCAGCUGGGCACCAAAAGGAGCAUUUGGACCGAGGGGCGCCUCCAGGAGGGAUGCUUUUUGCAUAGAUGUGCCCAUGGCCUCUUCCUCCACUGCUCAGCUCAUUCCCACACCCGCUCAUCCUUGAACUGCAGCGAUCUGGCCGGCACCGGCAGCAGCACCAGAAAGCAGACACCGCAGCUCCUCCUCCACCCGGCCCCGGAGAAGAGCCAUCCCAGCUGCUAGGGAGAGCUGGGCAUCCCUUCCCUGCCUACUGCGGGAGCCGGUGCUGGGCUGCCCCGGGCAAAGCCCCGGGGACACUCUGGGUGCGUCAGGGCCAGCGUGUGCAUGCGUCACUCCUGACACCCUGGAGGCCACCCCGGAGGCCACGCAGCCUCCGCUACCUCCUGCCCCCACGCUGUCCGGGAUCCCACUGCAUGCUCCUGCUUUCCUGGCCAGAGGACUUGCUGGCUGCAGGAGUAAAAUUCCCCACUGGGACACACAGCCCCACGGGCAGGGGCAGUUGCCAGGAUUUGGCUGGGGUUAGCCACCCCGUGCUGUUCGCUCACACCUUUGGCUUGUCUUUCCACUCUCCUAUGGGCCCCCGUCAGCAAAAAACUAUGUGAGCUUAAAGCUACAUAGCCAACGAAUAACCUAUUUCAGCAGCGGCAGCCAGCCCCCCACCGUGUCUGGGGCCUGGAGGGGCUACUGAAGUUGGUGCUUUCAAACCUGUGCCUUCCCCGGCUGCUGCAGGGCCAGGGACAAAGCCUGCAUCGUCUUGGGUCUUUCUGAAAGCUGCCAUGUCUCUGGGAUGGGGCGAGUGCGUAAAGCUGGCGUGGUUGGCCCGUGGUGGUGGGAGUUACAUACCACAAGGGUCUUUUCCUUAUAUUUUUUUUUCUGUUUAAACCACUGUGUGCUUCUCUGGGUGGUGGGUUUGGUUUGGUUUGGGGGGGUGGGUUUGGGAGGGGUGUUUGCAAUGUGCAGCCACCUGAGAUGCAGACCCUGGCCAAGAGCUGCCUUGGCUGGGGGUUUGCAGGCAGGGAGCUGGGACAGCAGGUGGGCACUGUGGGCAGCCACUAUGGCUGCUGAGCAUCACGUACCCCUUGGCCCUGCUGGCUACUGGUCCCUUCGUGUAGCUGGGGUGCCUUCAUGGGGUCCGAGAUAUUUUUUUCCCGGCAGCAUGAUUUAAACAUGAGUUGCCCAAGCUCUUAGGAGCCUUCUAGCUGCCCAUCCUUGAGCCAAAAUGAGCUGACACAUUGCUACAGCAGCUGCCCAAACCAACCAUCUUCUCCCAAGGCUGGGGUGGACCCGAGGGACAGGGGUCUCUGGGAGCCAGCGGGUCUUUCCCCCUUGGUGGGACGCGUGAUGCCGGAGAGACUGCAUGGCUUCACGCCAAAUAUACUUGAAAGCAGAGCUGUUGUUUCUUAUGCAUGAGGCUCUGCCUCGACGCACAGAAAUCCCGAGCAGGUAGUUGGCCUCUUUGCUCCUGCCGAGCUCGGAGCUGGGAGGUGGCUCUCCACCUCCUGACAGAUCGGCCCUUUCAACAUUCACGCCCGUCUGUGGCCAGCUAAGAUGCACAGAGCUUUUAUUUUUAAACGCACAUCUAUAAAACUGAGGCCGAUGAGGAGCACUGCAAUAAACACUGGGUUUUAUUGACAUCCA